GUGACAUUUGGGCAGUUUUGGUGAUGCGCAAGCGGCAAGCCUGCGCUAACUGUCUCUACCUCAACCAUGCUUAACGUCGCCCUAAGAUUGGCUCCACCAGGACGGCAGAGCAGUACAUCAUUCCAAGCAUGUUGUGCAUUGUGCAAGAGUGCGCAUGACAGAGUGAUGUGUGACCUCCAUCUCGGAUCCUUGUUUUGAAAUGACCGUCUCCUCCCGGCCUUUUGAACAUAUGGGGCUGCUUAUUCCAAUGUGACGAAAUCCUUUCCUAUAUAUUACGUUGUAUGUCAAUAUUUUCUGUUCACCAGUUCUCUGCGGUCGCCCCCUACUCACUCUGUAUCAAAAGCGGCAGAGAGUAGCAUACAAUCUGCCUGUUAUUCAAUUUCUAAUAUGUCAAUCCUCACAAUCCCGAAGCUUGCAAAGGAGCUCUUCUUGGAACCCAUCAUGAUAUCGAUGAACAGCUUGGCCCUGUCUUCUCUCAUGUCUUAUGCCAUGUCUGCCGAUGGAAAUAUCGAUUGGAGAUCGAUAACCAUCUGCGUGACAGCGGACAUCCUUGCGAUGGGGGGUGAUCAUCUGAAGGAUAGAGAGGAAGAAUUCUCGUCUGACCGCAAUAACGAAACCAACCCACGUUGGUUUGUAUAUGCACGAACCUUCCUCAACGCCAAUGCUGUGCUCCUUGCACUGGCACUAUCUCUAUGUCCACUUUUGACCCUCCUCACCACAGCAGCCUUCUUAGCCCCGGCCUUGCUCUGGAACACUCCAAUCAGCUUCCAGAAGUUUGGGCUGAUUUCGAGGCGCCUCUUCGGGAGGUUUGUUAAAGACAGUCACCAGCCUUCUACAUCUGCGCCUAUUCUGAUUAUCAAACGCAUUCCUGGCAUGAAAGCCAUAUUUUGUGGUAUCAUUCGAGGAUGUGGCAUCUACACUGUUGUCCUCACCGUAUUGUCGGGAUCAGGAAAUCUGGCUGACACGCUACUGUUUCCAUGGAGUACUGCCCAACUGAUAGUCUGGCCGACGGUCAACUGCGCAUGCCAGGCAGCUAUGAAUGAUGUUCGUGAUUUUGAAGAUGAUCUGAAGGCAGGAGUCCCCACCAUACCCGUCCUUCUUGGAUCCGCCCGCAAGGCGAAGGUCGUGUUAAUGGCUUGUCAUGUGCUUGUUAUGUUGGCCUUCAUCGAAAAUCUAUACAUUAUGGGAAGCUGCUUAUUAGCCACAGCUCUGGUAUGGAUGCUUGACAAGCACUCGCCGAGAAUGGCGUAUGUGUUGAGUUCUCAAUCGCAGUCCUUGGUCAUUUUUUUGUACUUGUUGACGAGGGAUACUUAGCCUUUCGCGUGUCAAUGCCGCGUCCAGUUGAGCGGUUGCGCUAUUCGCUUUCUUUACUCUCUGCCACGACGUCGAAUUCGUCGUUCGUCACACUCCUCGCUCGCUCGCUCGUUCUGUCUGUCUUUACACCAGCCCACCACACUCUUUAUUCUUUGUCGUAUCAUAGUUAUCAGCUAGUACUUCGUUAUUCAAGUGUUCCUACAGCUUGCUGCAUCAGAUUAUAAUUGCCUGCCCGAAGAGUCAUAUAGCAUGGUCGAAUUCGUAAGCUUGUGUUACAAGCUGUGUUAGAAGAUUAUAGGGCAAAGUGCUUCACCUGUAUC